AUGGCUGGACCCCACUCUCGUCUACGGAUCGUGCUCCCCGUCGCCGCCCUGCUCGCCCUUGUCGUCGUGUUGGCCCGUUUCCAUGCAGGCAUAAUCACUGUCGACUCCCUCUUCACCGGGCAAAAAACCCCUCCUCCGCCCGCCGCGGGUGACAACAAGCCAAAGGCCAAACCUCCAGCCGAGACGCCUCGUUACAAACCCGCGCCGACAUACACGCCGCCUCCAGUUAUCGACCCGUUCCCUCUCCUUGCCAACACGGCCUCUCCGCCGCCCCCGAUUCCCGCCUACAACGUCCCCCGGAAGGACCUACAUCUUGAAUAUGGCAUCAACAGCAUGCCGCCGCUUUUCAUCGGCUUCACUCGUCAAUGGCCGAUUUUGCUACAGUGCGUUGUUAGCUACAUCACGGCCGGCUGGCCCCCGGAGAGCAUUUAUGUGCUCGAAAACACGGGCGUACAAAUGUCCAACGUGGACGAGAAGCUGUCAUUACAGAAUCCCUUCUACAUGAACCAUACUACACUGAAGCGGUUGGGAGUCCAUGUCCUGCAGACCCCGGCGCUGCUGUCCUUUUCACAGAUGCAAAACAUGUUUCUGUACACGGCACAUUUGCAGAACUGGCCAUAUUACUUCUACAGCCAUCAAGACGUUGUUGUGUUUUCGCUUGAGGAUGGGCCGGACGACGCUAAACGUCCUGGAGACCGGGCGUGGGAAUUCUACAGUGACGAGGAGAAGCAAGAGACGAUGAACCCCCCAGCGGCGGGAGAACCGGGCUACAGGACGAUAUACGAGAACUGCCUCCGCGACUUGAACGUCACGCUUGAGCGCAAGGAGAAGUGGGCGUUUAGGUGGUACCAGUAUGAUCAUUUGACGCUGGUGAACCGCGCGGCGAUGGACGCCAUUGGGGGCUGGGACUCGAUGAUUCCGUACUACGCGACAGACUGCGAUAUGAAUGCACGGCUAAUAAUGGAUGGAUGGACGACGAAGCACCGCCGGGUUGGCAUCAUCAACGAUGUUUCGACGCAUUUGGAGGACCUAGCCGUGCUUUACCGGGUGCCAGGCGUGGAGCCGAAGUGGACAGACCCGAACUUGCCCUCGCCAGAAGAGAGAAAGGAAGAAGAGGAGAGGGAGGCCGAAGAGAAGAGAAAGGCUGAAGAAAAGAAGGCUGCUGAAGCCAAGAAGAAAGCCGAAGAGAAGAUGAAAUCCACAGAGAGACGAAAAGAAGGCGAGACCAUCGAUGCCCCCCCUAAAAAGGAACCGGAUGGCAAGGGUUACUACCGCUCAGUAGUAGAGACGGCUCUCGAGAUGACGAAUUACAAAUAUAGAGGCGGAAGCCGUAAUCGGAACUCUUGGCAGAAGAGCCAGAGAGGUGGUGCAGGCGAGCCGUACUACUACAACUCGGAAGGGUUUGCGGACGCAUUUGAGGUGCUCGUUGCCGCCGGCAGGAGGAUUUUCGAAAUGAAAUGGGGCAGGGGAGGUUGCGACAUUGGCGAGGGAUUCGGCUUGAAGGUCGCUGACCAAUGGCGCGUGCUGCCUCCCAAGGACGCCUGA